GCUUCCGAGCUCAGUUGCGCUCUGACCAGGAUAAUCGGAGGAGGUGACGAAGCUGCACGAUUCCGAGCGGCGGCCAAGACUCUGGCUGAGGACACCCGAAAGUAUUCUGGACAGUUAUGGCAUGCGACAAAAUAAUAGAGCUUGCGCGUACGAAGUAGUUUGAUAACGAUGGAUGUUAUGCUUCCUUCGUAGACAGCCGAGUUUCAAGGACCUUUGUAAUUGUAGGAACGGAUCGUCUAUAUCUGAAGAACAAAGAUGAGAAAGAUAAGAAACAGGGGGUGACCAACAGAAAGACGCGCUGCCACCAAGAAAAAAAGGGGACCUUUGUCCAAGGAGUGGCGCCAAGCAUCUCAUAAAAUGAAAGAAUGAACGGCGCGCGCAAAGUUACACCAUACCUUCAUCACUAUCCCGCUCUAACUCGUCGAGUGCAAGAGGCCCCAGUAUCCGUCAUCCUCAUGUCAACGCCCAAGAUCACCAGGCGGCCCCGCCACUUUCGAUGUAGCGCAAAGAAGACAGCACCAGCUAUAUCGGAGACGAGAGCAGAAUAUCCCUCUCAACCCCCGCCACUCACGACACUUGAGCCACAGAACGCAGAAUCUUGGCCCCCGCAAAUGAUCUCGUUUUCAGCGAUUGAAGAACUGUUCAAAGAAUUCAGGCAGGAAAAAGAGUCUCGCGAUCCUGCCACACGCUACGGAAAGGCUUCGGAUGAAGAGGUCGUUGUCUAUCCCCGCGUGCUACGUUGGACAACGGGAGUCAACGUCAACAACUCCUCGUCAACCUCUAGUUGCCUUCUAAGUGAAUCGAGCCGAGAGAAUUGGCCGUCAACAGGAGGAGAGGCGAGAGAGAGGGUGGCGAGGGCGAGGGCGGGCGGUAAGGUCAUGGAAGGAAGUGAAGAGAAGGAAGCCAAAUUAACCAGUUAUGACGUACCGAAAGCAUUUGUGCGCAGCAAUAGCGCGGCAAUUAUCACAAUCAAUCCUUCUUCUCCAGAAUCUCCACUGAACCAGCAGGAGUAUUGGGCGGCGCCAGCAACGCACUCGAAGGAGGAGGCAUCAAUGCAUCAGACUGUGACAAGGUCCGUCAAAGACUUUGCAGAGGACUGCAGUGGCGAAUCCGACAAAAAGGUCGGUGAAAUCAUCCUCUGGAAUGACUUUGGGUCUAGCGCGAGUUCAGAUAUCGUCGGGCUAACGGGCGUAGGACUGAGUAUGGGGCGUGGCGGCAUGGCGUCGUUGUCUGCUGUUUUGCGAUGUGUCGCAUGUCUGUGGCAACCCACACAACAGCAUAUAUCCGUCUCGGUUUCCACGAUCCCAUCUAAGUUCCGAUUCCCUUGUAACAGCUACGGUAGCGCUGGAUUGCCGCCUAAUCACUUGAUGGUCUCGUUACAGAAGGAAGACCAGUCCCGAACAGCGACCAGCACUUAUGCCCAACAAGCAUUGGUGUUCCAAUAA